AUGUCCGACUCGCGACCAGCUUCUACGCCACCACCGAAUAUGAUCGCUUUACCGAUUAACAUGGAAAAUGCGCGAAAUUCUUCCGAAUUUGCGAAUAUGACAAUUGGUGAGCUAUUGGGUAAAACGAAACGAAUGCAAAACCAGUCUCGAAUGGUUGCAGCGCAUUCUCAGAAUGUCUCUAAAAAUCAACCAUUCUCAUCCAGCGGAUUCGUUGCUUCGCAGUUAUCAAUACAACCAACAACCUCUAACCAACCUUUCAAUAGAAGUGCUGUUUCUGUGCUAUUUUUUAUUUAUGGGCAUAUAGUGUUUAGGGCGACUAGUGGAAUAAAUCAAACGAGCGCGAAUGCACUUGAACGAGUUCGCUUGGAUGAUCUCGCACAGCAGAUCGAUCCAUCAUCAGUUUUGGAGGACUCUGUUAAAGACAUUUUAUUGGAAUUUGUCGAUAAUUUUGUUGAAGAGCUUAUCGAACGAUCAUGCAAAGUUUCGCGCCAUCGAGGAUCCACUAUACUGGAAGCAAAAGAUGUUGAAUUUGCUCUCAAGAAUUAUUAUAACUUUCCUCAUAUCAAUAGAAGUGGUGGACUAGCAGCGGCACUUUUAUCACCUGUGAACAAUAGUCAGGAUAUUGCGUCGCACAAUGCUGAUUUUAAUGCUCAUAAUCAACGAAUGGCAAUGAUAAGGAAAACAAUUAAGAAACCUUAA